AUGACCGAACCGAAGCUUACACUCCACUGGCUAAACCAAUCAAGGGCACAACGUGUUGUCUGGCUUCUCGAGGAAUUGGGCCUUGAUUACGAGAUCAAACCUUACAAACGUGAUGCAGAAAUCCGUGCUCCAAAGGAAUUGGCAGAUGUUCAUUCUCUGGGUAAAUCUCCGGUGUUGGAGAUUGAAUACCCUGAUGGUGCUAGGAAGACAGUUGCAGAGAGCGGACAUAUUGUUUCGUUCUUGAUGAGAAACUUUGACAAAAACAACGUCUUCAAGCCAACCAGUGAACAAGAGUUUGACGACGUUGAGUACUAUUCUCUAAUGUCAGAGGGAACCUUACAACCGGCCCUAAGUUUCAUAGUUGUUCUGCGUAGAGGUGGUGAGAAGGCACCUUGGGCCAUGAAAUCUGUGAUCAGAACUUACAACGACAAAGUCAUGGAGGCUUUUAACUUCCCAGAGACUUUGAAAUGUUUCGAUUUGCUCGAGAAGAGACUUGUUGAGAAGUCUAAAGUUUCCACAGAGCUUUACAUCGCUGGAGAAAGGCUCUCUUCGGCUGAUAUUUUGCUGAGUUUCCCAGUUGUUGAGCAAGUUGUCUUUGGCGACAAACUAGGAAGUGCAUUCAACAAGGAAGAGUACCCUCAACUGGUUACAUGGGCCAAGCAGAUUAGAGCCAGACCAGCUUAUAUCAGGGCCCAGGAGAAGACCAAGAAGUUUGGCUGA